UCUAUCUGUGCUCACAAUCUUGUGUGAUUUUAUAUUAGAACCAGAGAACACAGCAAAGCUGGAAAUUCUGAAAGAACCAUAUUUUAAGCACAGAUCAGAAGGCUAGUGACAGAAAGAAAGAUGGCCCUUUCAACUAUUUAUUGCUCCAUGUGAUAAGCUUCAAGAAAGAAAGAAAAAAAGAUAAAGAUCAACUUUUUUACUAGCAAAUAAAAAAUUACCCGUCCAAGAAAACACAAGGGCUGCUUCAUAAACUCACUCGUCAUAAAGAGCAAACAAAAUAUAUGGCUAAAUCAAUUCUCACCUUUAGAUCAAAAAGCAAUUAUGUGUAUGAACUCACCUAUGCAAGGAAAGGAAGACGGUCAAAAAUAGAAUGAAUCAGGAGAUAGAUGUGAAAUCAAGAGAGGGGGGCCAGUCAAAAAUUUAAAAUUAAGAAAAAAAAGAAUAGAAAAAGAAAAGGAGUAGUAAACUUCGGAGAUAUGUUUGAAAUAAAGAAAAGGAGACCCAUGAUUCGAAAGAGAUUAAAGCAAAAUCACUAGCAGAAAAGGGCAGAAAAGGACGGGCAAAAGGAAGUGGGGAUUUGUCAAAACGUCAACCUUAUCAUUUCAAAUUCCUCAAAAGCAUAACAAGAACAGAAUGAAAGUUAUUCACUCUGAGAUUGGGAAAAUUGAACAGGCUCUUUCAUCAAUAAAUCCAACAGUAAAACAAAGAUCCACAUCUGAACUGAAAGAUGAUUCAUUGAUUAUUGACACGCAGAACAAACCCAUAAAUACCUGGACUUGAAAAUGGAGGAUUCACUUUCUUCUAGUUUGGUUUGAGAACAGAGGGAUUACAGAUUAGAUGGUGUAUUCGGGUGAAAUUUCUUGAAAGGGCAGGAAAAACAAGGAUGGAAAAGCCAACAGAAGAAGAAGAUGGUUUUUUUUGGGGGGGCAGAAGCCUCGCGACACAGAGGUUGGUGCAGAGUGACGUGACUGUAGACGGCGGCGUCGCGGCGGUUCUGGUUAUAAAUUUUCCCUACCGAGGAAUGUUCCUCGUCUUCUUAAAGAACAACAGCUGGUCUGCCACCGGUCGGCAUCCGCCAGCAGAGUGGCAGUUCGAUUUCGACAACGUCUUUAUUUGUGGGAGCCUAGAGAAAAACCCGAAACCGAAAGAAGGUAGAAAAAAUGAUAACCUACCUAAUAAGAGGAAGAAAAUGGAUGCGUCUGAGAUCUUUGCAUCACAACGGCAGCAUGCCUGGCCCGUGCAAGACGAAGAUGGUGUUUACGACCUCACCUUGGGAGGUCUGGAGCUUGGCAUUUCACUACAAUGACUUUUAGUUGUCCUUUUUUGGCAUCAGAUCUAGAACUUUGCUCUCAUUUUUGGAUUGAGCAUGGGAACUGUAUUUCACAUAGCUUUUUGCUUUUUGUAUAAAGUAUGUAACAAAUAUGAUAACUUUCUCUGAGUUCCAUGCACAUAAACUGAUGUAAACCUG